UGUAUAUUGUAAGCCAUCAAGAAGAUAAACAAGGCCUGUUAUUUCCGAGGGUUUUUACCUCCAAGAUUGUUGCGAGCAGAUCCCGUGAACAAGCUGCAUGUGCUUCUUUGCAAAUCUAUCUAGCUUGGCUGUUCAAAGGUCGAUCCUUCCAUCCAAGGCGCCCGUGGUGUGACGGGAUAUAGUAACCGGCCCACAAUUUACCAGCAGUAGGUCUAACUUACUUAUCCAUCUUCCAGAAAUUCUCAUAUUUAUUUGACUAUUCAAAAGCAAAACACCAUGAAACCCUGUUGGUAGGGCACUAGAUAGUCCAAGGCUCCCAUGAGCUCAAUUUGUAAUGAAGAGCAAAGUUGUUCGGUUCGUUCGGURGAGAGUUUAAUGGUAAAACUUGGCAGUGAAGGUCAUGUUGAGGGCUCGACUUGCGUGUCAAGACACGAUGGUUGCUACAUUUGUGGGGCUAUCAACCCGAAUUGGCACGUUUACUCCAAACCACAGAACAAUUCAACUAAAGAGCCUUUUUUUCCAUUCCUGGAAUACCAUCAGCCGACAGCUUCAGCUCGUCGAAUUGAGAAAGAAAGUGGUAAAGUAGCUGUCUGUGCAGUGUGCUUUUCCUUUCUGACUCAACAAUGGCGCGCGUUUGAGGAGAAGGAAACCCCGAUUGUAAAGCGAAUUUAYUGGCUUAAGAGACCCGGUUCAGAGAAUCCUGAGAGCUUUGAUAAAGACUUUGAACAAGGGUAUGACAUAGAAGAAGGAAUGUUAAAUCACGGCAUGACUACUAUGGACGUGACGACGAAAGAUCGUCAUCACUCGAAAGUGCAGAGCAAAAGUCAAAGUACAGCUGAACAAGAAUCCACUGAUACUCUUCCCUUUACUGAGGAGCACAGUGACGACCCUCCAAUGGAGCCUUUCAGCUCUUCUAAAGUGCUUGAAUCGAGUUCUGUCAACAAGAAAAUGGCGAAGCUAGAGUUUUGUUUUGUUUGUAGCCGUCAAAAACCAAAAGAAUUCAUGCGUAGUGUUCACACGCGACCCCAACUCAAAACUGAAACUCCUUUCUAUCCAUGUCUUACCAAGCAUAACCCAGCAAUAUUAGCCAAAAAGAUGGAUUUUCUUGGCAAAGUACUGGUUUGUGAGGCCUGUCAAAAGUUCUUGUUCAGACAAUGGCAAGUUUUUCAGAAGAAUAGCACACCUCUUAGUGAAAGGCAGUACCAAUUACGUUCUGACCCUUCCCUCCCACGGGAACAACAAUCCCAGCUUUCGACCAUGGUAUGCUUUAUUUGUGGGGUGACUCAACCAGCUACAUCUGGAAGAUUUCUGUACUCUCGUAAGCAUGCGUCAGGAGAUCCAUACUAUCCAUUUCUAAAUAAGCUGAAACCUCCGCCAGGAGCCAUGCCAUUGACUAAGCAAGGGUUGACUAGAGCCUGUAGUGGAUGUCGCAAGUCUCUGCACCGCCAAUGGAAAGAAUUUGAAGCAAAUAACAUUUCAGAAGAUGAACGGGAAUAUAGAAUACGGAAUGAUGGGAUAUCAGCAACAUCAUCAUCAUCUUUAAGAACAUCCUUUUCACAACCUAGUAUGGAUACAGAAACUAUAUCUACUGUAAUGAACGUUAAUAAUAAAACUGAUCUUGCCUGUUAUACUUGUGGAGAAUUUUGCRACAAAUCCAGUAUGAGGCCCAUUUACACUGGACAGAAAACAAAUCCAUUAAAAGCAAAUUUUUAUUUUCCGUUUAUUGCGCUGCUGGAACCACCCCCUGGUAGCCGACCUCUAGACCACAUCRGUAGAACUCUUGUUUGUAAAAAGUGCUUCAAAUUCCUACACAUGAAAUGGGAACAAUUUGAAAUGGAACAAGUACCACCUCAAAUGCGCAUCUAUGCUGUGGAUGGAAAAGCAAACAUCAAACUCAAGUCUAAGUCGUAUUUUUGUUAUCUAUGUGGAGUUAAAUGCCCUGGUACUCUUUCAACUUUCAAACUGCAUUCCUAUCCACAUAACGGUGAAGGCGUCCAAGAUGGUGGCUCAUUUUUCCCUUUUCUAGCAUCUCGUGAACCCAAGCUAAAUGCAUCACMGAUAUCUUCUGAGGGAACUGCAUUGGCAUGUGAAAUAUGUUUCACUAACUUAAUGGUGCAGUGGAGAGAAUUCGAAAGUUCUGGCCUGCCUGAGGAAUCAAACAGAUGGCUACGUAAAUACAAUGUUGACUUCAUAGUUUGUUACUUAUGUGGAAAACGUACUCCACGAGAGAGCUGCUGCUCUGUCAGCAAAUCACUAGUGGCAUUUCAGCAAAGGUCUAAAAUUUAUAGAGGUAGUCUGGUGACGAACAGGAAACAAGAUGUCGUAGUAUGUGAUGGUUGUCAAAGAGGAAUAGUUCCAAAGGAUUCUGGGAAAGGGCUGUACGCUGAGCCAACGCAUGAAACAGUCCAAGAAGAGAGUGGAAGUCCAAGAAUCCCUUGGGAGUUUUGGUCUUAUUGGACCAGAAGAACAGAAUUAAGUCAUCUCAUUCCCAAGACCAAAAAGCCUGUGAUAGUGAUUGACUCCAGUGACAGUGACGAUGAUAAUAACCCAUCUUUAAUAGCCAAACRCAAGAGUAUAUACCCAAGAACCUAUCGUCAUGCGAAUGCUUCCCCCAUGCACUACACACCAUCAGCUUCACCUGGAGUCUCACAGCCACCAGCACCCAUCAAAGACUACCCACCCUCAGUCUCUCCAAGUAUGCAACCUUCCACUAGYAGAAGCUUUGCAGCAGCUUUGAGGAAACUUGCAAAACAAGCCAUGCCAACAGGUACUUCUUCACCAGCUACGUCUUCUGGUUCUGGCUCUCAGCCAGUGUCACCAACUGUUUCUCAUACAAGCUCUAGAAGUGCAGGUGUAUCCCCUUCAAGAAACUCACCUGCUGCCAAUCAGACUCCUCCCCCUCCUCGAGGUGAGGGAACCAUCUCUAAGGAACGGCAGCCACUUGUUACCGAGAGAGAAUUGCAUAACAUAACAACUCCACCUAUGCCACCAAUCCCUGCCUUGGAAUCGGAUUCCAAUCCUACGACAAGUGAGCCAAACCGAGUCCCCUCAGUAGGACCUCAUAGACAUAGUGCAAGAGAUCAGGCAGAGCAAACGAGUCACUCCAAAGGACAUGAAGUCCUACCUGGGGUCUUCUCUACAAAACCAAGAUAUCAAUCAGAGUCAACCAUGAUAUCUGAACAUGGCUUCCCCACUGAACAUGGUCACCAUAUGGUACCAUACUACCUGCAUAGUGGACGACCAGAUAUACCUCUUUUUAUCCCAAGAGGAGCCCCUCUUCCUGGACCACCUCCACUGUUAGCAUCAAARAGAGAUGGUGCUGAUCCCAAUGCUGUGUCCCCGUUCUUCCAAGGCGUUUAUCCACCCUCAAUUAUGGAUUCUCCUGACAUGCAUUUUGAGACCUGGAGACAGCAACGAGCAGUAGAGCAUUUAAGACAGCAACAUGAACGACAGGAAAGGCCAGUACCCUCCAUGUCAGGACACUCUGAUCUAGCAUCUCCUAAAGACAACACAUCUGACAAAGACAAGGGCAAAGAAGGUGGGUCAUCAGGUGAACAACCAUCAGGCCAUAGGAUUCAUUACUAUAAUGAAAGUAAACCAUCAUCUUGUCCUGUACAUGGUCAUUCCCCAGGAGAACAACACCAACACAAGCACCCUCCCAGCCGCAGCGAACAGUUGCCAACAACCAAACCUGAUAGACCGGAGGAGUACAAUCGCUUGUUCCUGCCGCCGCACCCCGACRGACCUGCCAUGCUGCACCCCUAUAUCGUUCAUACCUCUAGGGAAGGGCUGUUUGGUCCUCAGCAUUUGGUUGAACGGCAAGCAGAGAUGUUGAGAGAAAGGGAGAGACAGGAAAUGAUGAUGCAUCAGAGAAUGAUGCUUGACCCGAGAGAGCACAUGAAAGCUCGUGAAGAAGAAUGGCAGCGUCGACAGCAUCGUCUUCGACAAGAAAAGGAAGAACACCAGCGUGAAAUGGCGCAAUACAGGCACCAUGUGUUGCAACAGCAACGAGAGAUGGAACAGCCAAGAAGAACAGGGGAACAGAGUGGUCUAGAUCAUAGGCGGUCUGAUCACAGACAAGCAGAUCAUCGCGAAAGAAGUGACAAGAGUCCUCACACAAAUGACAGACCAAUGCCUGAAAAUGAAAUCUACAGACACUAUCCAUUUCAUCAUCACUUCCACCCACUGCCACAUGACAUCAGAGCAACACUUCCUUUCCCUGACCUUUCAAGAAAAGAUGGAGAAGUACACAGGAGUCAUAUGGAAGCGAUAAAGGAUGGGCGGAACCCCCAUCAUCCACACCCUUUUGGACUUCACGAGCCACAUUUCAGACCAUUCUCUGAGCCCUACCCAUUUCAUCAAGAUAGAUUGUCUUCUAGGACAUCUGGAUCAGAUAGGUUGUUUACAGACGCAAGAUGGCCAGCGCACACAAGGCCAACUUACGUGAAUGGAGACUUGAGAACAAUCGAUAUACAUUCAUCUGACAUGAGAAACAAGCUGUCAGAAGACUUAAGUACCAGAAUCAAGAAAGAGAGCAUGGGUGACCUGUCCAACACUCAGCCCACCAUCAAACCCAAGUACCAUGACAAGGAUAAACUGCGGUUUUUAGAAGGUCUUGGGUUAGUCACUCUAGAGAAGAAAAAAGAACUAACACAUGGGGACCCCGUGGUGGUAAAAAGAAAGUUUGAAGAACCACAGGAAGCCCCUUCACAGGAUGACAAGGCAAGCACUGUGAGUAAUGGAAGAGAAGAGACAGAAGAGACAAGUAGUGAAGGGACAACGGACGCAGAAAGUGGUACAACAAGUACUGAUACAGAGAUAUCAUCAAAACAAUAUAAAGAGAAAGUAAAUUUUAUGGCCAGACUAGGAUUGGUUCCACCUCAGACAAGAGAAGAAAUGGAACAGUCAUAUGAAGUAAAGAGAAGUGAACGCAAGAAAAGAAAAAAAAAGGGAAGAGGACGUCCCUCAAAGCGCUCAAGGAAAGAAACUAUCAAUAACGAGUCUGAAAAUGGCAGAUCAUCAAUAGAUGCCGAGAACUUAGAAGGACCCCUCACUCGUCAAAAACAACAGCAGCUUUUAGAACAGGGCUUAUUAAAACAAGACRCCGAAGAUAAACCAGAAGAAAAUGGUGAUCUUAACAGGGACCUGUCAGUCAAAAUAAAAAAAGAAGCCGAGGAAGAUGCUUCAAGCUCAUAUUCAUACACACAAGAAAAAAGAUACAAAAGUUCCAGGGAUUCUGGACGAUAUCAAAGCCCUCCAAUCUCGUCUGAAUCUCUAGCAUCUCGCCCUCCACCACGCCUUACUCUACAGUCACUCACAAACAUGGAGGAUCCAUUUAAUAACUACAAUACGCCUGCGUUUAGACCCCCUUAUCUACGUCAUACUGGACUAUUAUCAGUCUCUCAGGACUUGAAUCACCACGGGGGGAUUCCUAUAAGUCAACCAUUACGUCCAGAACCCAUACGCAGUACAGGUAUAUCAUUAAGUGAACAAGAAACUAGGGAAUAUUUGGGUCACCGUGGAUCUCCUGGUGUACCACCAGAGUAUAACAGACAUUAUGCAAUGUUACCUGGUCAUCAAGGAACCAGUUAUGACAAAAUGAUUCCAGUUCAUUCAAGACCAGAAGUAGAUGUUGAAAAAAGGGAUUUAGGUUCUAGAGUUCCUCUGAUGGGAAGGAAAGAGCAUGAAUACAAAUGGCCUGGGGUAGAGAGUGUCAUGAAGGCAUACUUUCUUCAUUCUGGGGAACGUGAUCAUGAACUAUCAUUCCUACAAGAAAAUGCAAAUAAGCUGAAAUCUAAGCAUGCGUCAUUGAACGAAGAAGCCAGUAACCUGAAUACACAAAUGACGGACCUAGUUCAAGCAAAGAAACAUCUACACGAUGAGAAAAAAGUUUGCCAAGAAAACUUAGACAGACUACACUAUUUUAUGCAAAGUUUUCAAAGAUAACAAAAGUCUUCUAUUAUAAAAUAUUAGUGAUUAUAAGUGUAUUGACUCAUAAAAUAGGCUCGACAAGGAUUAUUGAUCCUUUCCGUUUGCUAUUUUCUUUCUUUUUUUAUCAUUACCAUACUUCAAGGAGGGCAGACAGUGUAAACGCUAAUAAAUUAUUACCAAUAAAUUAUUGAAGCUAACUAUAGGAAAAAGUAGAAAAAUAUUCAUUUAGUUUAAGGGAAAAAUAGAGUUCUGCUCUCAUCUUGUAAAGCAUUUUUCAUGAUGACAAAGUCAAUCAUACAAUAAUUAUGGAAAAAAUAGUAUUUAAAAAUAUUAAAUUAUGAUAAUAUUUAAUGAGUAUUGCACUGGUAUAUUAUAUUUUUAGCAUGUUUUUUGAUGUGUAGCUGAAGUUAUAUCAUGAUUGUAAUGCAUCGUCGUUCAUCAGUAUCAAAAAUAAUAUUGUAAUAAAACAUUGUUACAGAAAACGUUUUCUUACAUGUUUUACUCAUACAGAGCAAAGUUCAAGAUAACUGUGUAAAGCUGACUCUUGUCAUAGUAUUGAACAUGACAGUACUGCAUUUGAUCUCGGUAUUAAACUAUGAUUGGUUCAAA